GCUCCAACCUUAUAUAAACAUCCACCGUGUUCAUAUCCUUAAGCCAAGCGAGCUUCACUGAGCUUUCUGAGAAUACCCUGCUAGAAAAGAAAGCUUCUUUCUUCUUCAGAGCAAAAAAAAAAAAACCAUGGAUUAUAUCAUUCAUAGCAAAGCCAUCAAGUUUUUGCUUUCAAUCUCUGUCUUUUCAAUCUUGUUCUCUCAGUCUUCUCUAAUUUCUUUUCUUGUUCAUUUCCCCAAUGCCUUCAUAUCUUCACCUUCUGUGAGACUGUUCAGCUACACUUUUGACAAGAACUACAUGUUCCUGCUUUGCAAUGGACUCCUGGUGUUCAUUGUGAAGAAUUCUGGUCUUAUUGGGACUUCUCCAUCGGGGUCUAAUCUCAUCAAUGAUGAAGAUGAUGUGAAGAUCAAUGGCGAAACCCGGGAAGUUGGAGUGGUCAAGUUGACAGAAACAAAUGCACAAAAGGCAGAGGAAGAUCAAGUUAUCAAUGUAGAAACUGAACAAGUGCAAGAAGAAGAGAAAAAGUUAUUGAUUACAGAAGAAGAAGAAGAAGAAGAAGAAGAAGACGUUGGGUUUCUGAGUACAGAAGAGUUGAACAAGAAAUGCGAUGAGUUUAUAAGAAAAGUCAGAGAAGGGAUUAAACUUGAAGUCCAACAAUCUAUGAUCAUGGUUUCAUGUCAGUGAUCAAAUUGAACUCACUAGGAAGUUUGUUAGUAGAAACUAGCUAUUCUUUUUUCUUUCUCUGGUCUGAAUUAAAAGACUGCUCUGUAACUUUGUGUGUGUUACGAAUUUUGUAGAAAUACCCUUCUUCAUCAUGUCUUCAUCUUCUACUCUUCAUCAUCAUAUCAGUUAAUAAUACAAUUUUUAGCUUAAAUGUGUUGCAGGUAGGAGUAGAACUUGCAACUUAGAACUAUAAUGUAAUUGAAUGCCAAAAGUAUUCCAUCUCUCAGCCAUAUGCAAAAGAAGAA